CGAGGAUCAGGAUGACGAGGAAGUAACGCUGACUAUUAUUAGCGGUACUGCACUUACAUCAGCAGCUACGUCAAAGGGUGUUCCGAUUAUCGUGCCAGAAAGGCUUCUUCUGCCGUCAAGGAAUACCGAUGCUGAGGGUCGCCAGUCAAGAGGCGGAAGAGCAGAAGAGUUUUCGUUUUUGAGGAGCAACGCAAUUAGUGGAGUUCAGGGCGAUAAUAAUCUUCUGCUAGGACGACGAAGCGCAGGUUGCCAUCCUCGUCGCGCGGUGUCGCCUGAAACUGAAGAACAGAUGCUUGCCGGCUAUCGAAAGUCAUGGAUUCUCGAAGAAACAAGUGAAGGUCGAGCUUCGAGAUUGCACGACCAACAAGCUGAUCAAGAACCACCUGCGUCGUCCGAGCGAGCGCGCUUUCGCUUUGUCCGCGAGUGCACACCUGCCGAUUUUUUGUCAGCUGCGAGAAUGAAGAAACCACUACCUGUACAGCAAGCUGGUGAAGCUACGACAACAAAUGUCACAACGCUUCAAGAUUGGCUAAAUGUAGAUCAGGUCGGGCGAAGUACUUCCGAACCCCUCAGCCCCACUGAAAGUAACGACACUCAUGACGGCCACGCUGUUGCUGUGCCUGGAUGUGUCAAAAAUGAGUCCACUGAUAGUAGUGUUCCUGGUGGUGCAUCUUCCUCUUCAUCUGCUAGUACGAGAUCAUCAAGAAGUAGUAGAAUCGCUGAACUCGCAAAUCGUGUCCUUGAUCUUGAUGGUGUGCGCAGUGCGAUUCUGUGGGGCGCCGCUGAUUUUGCAAGGCCUUUACCUUUUCUAUUGCUCAAUGCGUCGUUGUGGAGUCGUGAUCUUCAACGGAUGGUGCGAGAUGACGGAAUCUUGUGGCGCCGUGCAGCACUACAUCUUUUCCCAACUGUGAACCCCAUGCUACAGCGGAUUGGUUCACUAGCAUACGUGCGCCGCCGCACACAGGCGUCUGGAUUACCGGGAAUGGCCACAACUACUAGCGGGUCUGCUCAGAACUACUACACUACUGGUGCAGCGUCUUCUAGCGGGGCAAAUGCAACUGCAAAUCAUAAUGCUUUUCUAGGCCUAGGACCAACGGUGCAAACGCGACGUCAGCCUGGGAUAGGGAUGGCAGAAGAUCAUAGUAGAAGAGACUCGAGGAGCGGUCGGAUCCUAAGAAGGUGUGAUGCAGUGGGUUGUGCGAAUUUGCCACUUUGCUUACCACGCAUUCAACAUCAAGCACGUCGGCCGACUACUUCCCCUCACCAGCCGGGACAUGUGAUAGAGGGUUGCGAUGACGUGAAGUGUCCCAUGGCGUGGGAGGCGCUGAAGUACCAGAGUCGAGAAAGCGAGCACAUGCGCGUCUGCCAGCGUUGUAGAACCGAUGUUUUCUUUUGUGAGGACAUUGAAAAUUUAGGGGAGCAUCUGCGUAGGGGUCACAAAUACGUCGCGGGCAAUGCGAAGGAUCGCUACGUGGACGGCAUAUCCAAAUGCUGUCGGGGACAGAUGCGACAGGUCGUCGCAGGACUUCACGCGCCACAUCAGAGGCUGUAGCUUCAUAAAAACCCUAAAU